AUGAAGGGCAUUGCUUUCAGAAGUCAGAAGGCCUCAAGGCCCGAAGCAUUGGUCUGUCAAUUUUGUCGGUUUUCCAGCAAGCCUGUUGUCCGUCAGACACCGUUCGCGCGACGCUAUGCCUCUACAGCCUCUUUCGCUCCCCGGUUCCAACCAAGCCAAUUGCGACCAAGGAAGGAUCCUAGGAACCUAUUGAUCGUUACGAGAUCUGUCCCUGGACGAUUGAUAUCAGUUGCAUCAGAUGCUUCUACACUUUCUGACCCGGAGAGCGCCUUGCGACAACUCUCCCAAGAAUCCUCAAAACUCCGAAACGUCAACUCCGUACCUUCAAAUGAGGCGAUUUUGCAGAUUCUGCGGAAUUGUGAACAGAUAGCGGAGGCGCUCGUGAGUCGGGAGCAGGACCACAAAGAGAGUCCUUCCUCAGCAAGGGAGGAAGGUAAUGCGAUCUCCUCAUUACUGGACCUAGAGGAAAAGAACGCUUCGAAAAAGCGGUCCAAGUCGGUUCUGAGUGCGCAACCACACCUAGCCGACGCCGUGACGGAAAUCACCACCGAGCUCCUCCAGGACGAAAAGGUCUUCAUUUCCCCGGAAGCCCUGGCAUCGUACACCAAGACCCAGACUCUCUUGAAAAGAGCCGAGCAUUUCCCAGAAAUCUUCCAUAUGUACGCCCAUAAGCCAAUUCCCGAGGAGAACAGCUCUCCAGUCAAAUACCAUAAGGCGAACCCCAAGAGCGUCAACAGCGCAAUUCCCGCCGAGCUCGCCAAUUCGGCCCUGGCAGUCGCCAUCGAACAACGGAAUCUCUCCCUCGUCCUGUCGAUCAUAGAUAACACCUUCUGCGCCCCGGCUUACCACCGAGCUAAACUCUUCAGAAAGGCAGCCGUACCACUUGGUGGCCUUGCCGCUACACCCGCCGCUUGCUACGCUAUUGCCUCGUGGGCCUCAACUCUGCAAAACACCAUGGACCCGAGUACAGCAACGGGUAUUGCAUUCGCAGCCACCCUUGCCUAUGUCGGAGGCACGUCUUCGAUUGGCUUGUUGGCCAUUACCUCGGCAAACGACCAGAUGGAACGAGUGACCUGGGUUCCGGGUAUUCCACUGCGGCAUCGCUGGCUUCGGGAGGAGGAGCGGGCAGCCCUGGAUAAAGUUGCUGUGGCUUGGGGAUUCAAGGAUAUCUAUAUGAGAGGCGAGGAAGAGGGGGAGGAGUGGGAUAAUUUACGUGAGUUCAUUGGCAUGAGGGGGAUGAUCCUUGACAAGACCGAACUUAUGCCUGGGAUGGAGUAA